AUGGCUGAUAAGGCUGUUUACCAGUACAACUUGGCGCACGCUGCCAAAGACCGCCGGCUGCGGCGGCAGCUGCGGCGGCGGUUUGUGAGGACGUGCGACAGACACAGUCUCGUGCUACCGGAGGCGGUGGGAGAAGACGGGUACAUUUUCUGUCACCGGUGCGAGGAGGUUCUUGUGUCGGGAGUCAAUCUGCAGAUUCGUGUGCGGUACGAGAGCAAGGACGGAGUUCGGAAGCGGGCGCUGUGCUACAGAUUGCUCCAAGGCCACUGGCAAUGCGCGCCCAUGCCACGGAAGCUGCCAGUCGCGUGCGCUCGCGUGAGCCCCGACGUCUUUCUAGCGCGGAAGCAACCGGGUGAAUACUGCAUGUCGCGGAGUCGCGGUCGUGUGUGUACCAGUUCUAUUGCAGCAAAUAAUAACCCACAAUAA